GUCAUACAUGAUAUGAUUACCCAUGACCUUGAGUGUCCUUGACAUGAUUAUUGUAUAAUCUCCAGCUAGAUGAUGCCACAGGCGCUGACUAUGAAAAUUUACUGUACGCUUUUGGCCAAUCAGAAAAGAGAUGGUGAGUUCAAUGUAUAAUACAUUAUUUUGUUUUUUUUGUGCAGAAAAUUGAUGACAUCACUUUCUGCCUGAAGCAAAGAACAUAAAUGUAGAAGACAUUUGCAGCCAGGCUACGGAGGAACCCUCAGACCACCCAAUCUUAUUCAUGAUAUUUACAUCACAGGUAGCCCAUUAGCUACUGAUAAAUAACUUUCAUCCUGCACAUUGAUUUUAUUAUCAAUAAAAAAAUAUUAGACAUUAUAACAUCCUUAUUAGUUGCCAUAAAAAGAUGUUAAAAAGACAAAAAUUAUGUGACUUUUCCUCACCUCUUAAUAACAACUUCACAAUCAUAAGUAGAAGUUGGAAUGUUUGAUAAGUGUUAAGUCCAUAAUUUCAGACUAUACUUCUAUUAUUAUUCAAAAUUAAUAAUAACAAUUGUAAUAAUAAUAAAUAUAGCCCAUAAAUAUAGCGCACACAAUAUACAUAAAUAUAAAAUUUUCUGAAAACAAAAGCUAUGAGGCUGAUGCUUUCUUCACCAAUUCCAAAUUAAGUAUUAAACAAAGUUUUGACAAGUUGAUAUUACUGUCCAGAGAAACAAGUACAGAUCAGUAAGUGUAGUAACCCUCAAGUAACAAAGGCCGACGCCUUAACAUAUUUCAUGACAUUUAAACGGCUCGUUACAGUGUACGGUGGUAACAUAAAGUUUCAGCAGUUCGCUGAUAUUAUGAUCGCUGCAUGUCUACGAAACGUAAUACAUUAGAGCUACUGUCCUGCGUUGAUGAAGUUCGCCAGAGAAAUUGAGUCAUCGUGAACUGAAUGAGAAGCCAGGUUGCCGAAAAAAUUCGAAAAAUUGCGACGGGCGUACAUGUAAGAAUCUUCUUCUGCAGUUAGUCCAUUGCUGUUUUAGGCCGUUGCUGUUAAUGUUAUCAACUUAUCGUUUGAACCUCUGUAUUCCCAUCAGUUAUUGCAGUCUUGUUGCCUUUCGCGUGUGCCCAAAUAGCAUGAAGACCAAUGAAUCCCAUAGCAUAACACAAAAUCACAACAUUCCUUUUUCCUUUGGUAGUAGAAGGAUUGAAGUACUGCAGAAAGAAUGAAGAUCGACCCGGGAUUCCCUUUUUACCUUUGCCUUCCAUGAAGAUCAUCAAAACUCUGAUUCGAAACAAUAAGACGAGUUAAAAAAAAUCGUGCUGAAAGUCGCAAAAAAUUACCGGUGUUUGAUUAUUCCGCCUUGAGAUUGCGAAAUGCCGGAUUUUCGUCAGGCGUUCAAAUUAAAAGCUCGGCUACCAAGGAGUACCUAGAGUACCCGACUCACUACCUACCCCUCCCCGGAUAGGAUAUUUUUAACCCAAACAACAGAGCGGUUUGCCACAUACCGCUUGCUUGUUUUUGCGCGGGUCGCUGGAUCGCUUCGGUCAUUUGUGUAAUUAGUGUUGUUUUAAAACUUCUGGACAUAUUUCAGGUCAUCACUUUCUGACAGCUACAAUGAAUCGUCUUUUGUAAUGCACAAGGCGCGGUUAAAAGCCAUUGAACACUCUGCUUCUGGAGAAACGAUCGAAAAAUCGUCAAAGUUCAAAAGAUUUGACACUGUGCGUGCUAUAUAUACGGGCCGUGAGUAAAGCUUGUUCCGGCUCAAAUCCGAUCAUGGUUUACUUCAGAACUAAUUAUAAUCGGCGUGAUGUUCUUGAUGUGGGAAGAAGAAAUAUCGCAUUUUGAAAUUUGAAGAUUUAGACGGGAUGGGCUCAAGGUCAUAUGUUAAAGAGAAGAGGCUCUAUAUGCCAGAAGACGGCCUCAUUUUAUCAGAGAUUGCAGUCCUUUCAGGUGGUCAUGAUUUACAAGGACACCCACUGGUGAUAUUGCCGUCCCAGCGUUACCCCAGUCUUGUGCAGUUGAACCAGGCUGAUGUCAUUAAGCUCUUGAAAUACCUUGCUUUUCUUUCCAGGUCAUGGUACAAAGAGGCAGGCAUUUCAUUUCUUCUUGACUUCCGUAGUUCCAGGGCAGCUGUGGUCACUCAUGUUGUGGGUUUGAUACAAGCAUUUCAGGUUUGUGCAAAGAGCCAUCUUAAUUGACAUAACAGUACUUUCCAUAUACAAGGUUGUUGUCAAAGUUUUGUUAUUGAAGUUUGAAAAACACUCUGUUGCAAACUGGUUCACCAUGAAUGGCUGACAGACUGUAAAAGU